AUGAAGGAUUUGAAGGUCAAAAAUUACCUAUUUCAGGCUAUUGACCGCACUAUUAUGGAGACCAUCUUGGAUAAGGAGACUGCAAAAGGGAUCUGGGACUCCAUGAAGCAGAAAUACCAGGGAUCAACGAAGGUCAAAAGGGCGCAAUUGCAAGCACUCAGAAGAGAGUUUGAGAUUCUGGGAAUGAAGGAGGGUGAAAAGGUGAAUGAGUACUUUUCUCGUACACUCACCAUUGCCAACAAAAUGAAGGCACAUGGUGAGAGAAUGGAGCAAUUGGUCAUCAUUGAGAAGAUAUUGAGGUCGAUGACUUCCAAGUAUGAUUAUGUCGUGUGCUCUAUUGAGGAAUCUAACAACCUCACAACCAUGACAAUAGACGAGCUGCAAAGAAGUCUCUUGGUGCAUGAACAACGCAUGAUUGGACAUAGCAGUGGCAGUGGAGAAGAACAGGUGUUGAAGGUGGCUCUUGAAGAUUAA